AGAGCUUGACCUUCGAGCUGCAAUCUUCAAGGACGUUAGUUGGUGGCUAAAAUAAAAAUGUCUGAGACGCCAGAUGUAAUCGGGAAUCUACCCAACGCUAAGGAGAUCCAAGCUAAUUCAAAAAGAUCUUCUUUCGGAGCAGAGAAGAAGAUGAGUGUUUGUCUAACUAUGGGAAAUGAGGGGAAAACGGUAGAAAAAGGGGCUCAUAUAGGAAAAUCAAUCGCAGUAUUCACUUCUGGAGGAGAUGCCCAAGGUUAUUAA